CACAGCGCGCAGAGCCUCCACGCCGCCGCGGACGCCGCAGACCCAGACCUGGUCGCCAUGGCCGCCCCCGAGGCCCUCCUGCUGGCGGGGCUGCUGCUGCUGCUAGCGGUGCUCGGCCUCUGCCAGGCGGGCCCCAGCCAGCUCAACUCGGCCAGCGGCGGCAGCAUGCCCGCGCACAAGAAGAUGCAGAUCGUGGGGGGAACCUCAGCCGACAUCAAGGAUUUCGGUCACCAGAUCAGCUGGCUGCGGCUGGGGAGGCACAUGUGUGGCGGCUCCAUCAUCUCCCCCGACUACGUGGUCACGGCGGCGCACUGCUGCGUUGACGUCAACCUCAACAUCUCCGAGAUCGUGGCGGGCAGCACGCUCAUCCCCAACAGGGGCCGCGGCCAGACCACGCAGAUCGUGGAGGUGCACCCGCACCCGGACUUCGACGCCAUGUCCUACACGUGCGACGUGGCCCUGCUCAAGGUGUCGCCGCCCUUCAAGUUCGACGAGGUGGUGCGGCCCAUCGCCAUCGUGGACGUCGCCACCGCCCCCAAGACCGGCGACCAGGUCUACGUCACCGGCUGGGGGAAACUGUCGGAGUUCGCCACGGCGGCGGCCACGAUCCUGCAGAAGGUCAAGGUGCAGAUGAAGGACUUUGACACGUGCCGCAACCGGUACGCCGAGAUCCCCAUGGUGCUGACCGAGACGACCUUCUGCGCCUCGGCGGACGGCAAGGACGCCUGCCAGGGCGACAGUGGCGGCCCGCUGAUCCAGAGGACCGAACACAAGGACUUCCUGCUGGGGAUAGUGUCGUCCGGGAAAGGGUGCGCCCUCAAGGAGUUCCCGGGGCUGUACACGGACCUGCGCUCCGAGAAGAUGCGGGCUUUCAUCACCAAGAUCACGGGCAUGAAGCUGUAGCAGCAGCAGCAGACCAUUUUCGGCAUUAUUAAAUCCGCCACUGUCGCCGU